CCGCGCGCGGCGCUUAAACGCACGCGAUGACGUCACCCGAGCGAGCGGGACGACUCUGCCGGCGCGUGCAUGUGUGCUUGUUGUUUGUCGCGAACGCAGAAUAAACCGGAUUAAAGUCUUCUACAGGUGUGAGGAUGGCGUCAGACGUUGUGGCCCAGCUGGCCGACUCUCUGGCUCGGACUCAGGUGGGAGAAGGAGAACUGAGCUAUAAGGGACAGGGACUGAAGCUGGACAACGCUGUGUCUGUGGAGGAGAUGGUGAAGGCGAUUCGGGAGUUUGAAGGGCUGCGAGCUCUGCGUUUGGAGGGAAACACGUUUGGAGUGGAAGCAGCACAGGCCAUCGCAAAGGCACUGGAGGACAAGCGAGACUUUCAGUGUUGUUACUGGAGUGAUAUGUUCACCGGUCGCCUGCGUUCAGAGAUCCCUCCUGCUCUGACAUCUCUUGGUGCGGCUCUGAUAUCCGCCGGCGCUCGGUUAAAGGUGCUCGAUCUGAGCGAUAACGCGUUCGGACCCGAUGGCGUGAGAGGCAUCGAGACUCUGUUGAAGAGCUCAGCGUGUCACACACUGCAGGAGCUGAGGCUUAACAACUGCGGCAUGGGCAUCGGGGGCGGAAAGAUCCUGGCAGCGGCCCUGACGCAGUGCCACAAAGAGUCCAGUAAACUCGGCACUCCUCUGAGGCUGAAGGUCUUCAUCGCAGGGAGGAACAGGCUGGAGAACGACGGAGCCACGGCGCUGGCUCAAGCCUUCCAAUUGAUCGGCAGCCUGGAGGAGAUCCACAUGCCUCAGAAUGGCAUCAACCACCCCGGAGUGACGGCUCUCGCCGACGCCGUGCAGCACAACCUCCUGCUUCGAGUACUCAACCUCAACGACAACACCUUCACCAAGAAAGGAGCCGUUGCCAUGGCGCAGGCCCUGAAGCACCUCCGCAGCGUGCAGGUGAUAAACUUUGGCGACUGUUUGGUUCGCUCUGAAGGAGCCUUAGCCUUAGCCGAGACUCUGAAAGACGGCCUUCCGAUUCUCAAGGAGCUGAAUCUGUCGUUCGGGGAGAUCGCAGAAGAAGCAGCUCUGGAAGUCGCUAAAGCAGUGAAGCACAAAGACCAGCUGGAGAAACUCGACCUCAAUGGUAACUGUAUUGGUGAGGAAGGGUGUGAAAACCUCCGGGAGCUCAUGCAGAACAUGAACAUGGGAGACCUACUGGCCUCUCUGAGCGACGACGAAGGAGAGCCGGAGGAUGACUACGAUGAUGGCGAAGAUGAUGAAGAGGAGGAGGAAGAUGAUGAGGACGAGAACAAGGAGGAGGAAGAGGACGAGGAAGAUGAGGACGAGGAGGAGGACGACGAGGAAGACGGAGAAGACGAGCCCAGCUCUCUCACACAGAUAUCGACUCCACCUUCAGCCCCUCGUCCUCCAGACGUCUCGUCCUUCCUCUGUUUCCCGUCUCCAGAAAAACUACUGCGGCUCGGUGACCAGAGAGUCCAACUGCUCCAGAAACAGGUGGACGUGACAGAUGUGAGUAAGACUGUAGAAGCCUUCCUGAAGAUCUCGUCCGUGCAUAAGGAGCGUGAUCCUGACGUGAAGACAGCAGUGCUGGAGAGUGUUGAUGCUGUUUUGAGUAAAGCCUUUUCAACUCCAUCAGUCCAGACAUUUAGUUUCAUCUCUGCGUUACUAGUGAUGCUUGGUCUAUUAAAGAGUGAGGACAAAUUAAAACCCGUGCCGGUCGUACCAGGUCACCUGCAGUGUUUGGAGCACGCGGUGCAGCAGAAGUAUUUCCCUAAAGAGCACAUUGUUGUGCUGCAUGCCUUUUUGUCCAGACAAAACAAGUCCUUGGACUCAUGCAUCAGCGCUCGAGACAGCCUUCGCACCACUCUGCAGAGACUGCUGCCUGAGAGCUAAAGACACCCCCCCCCACACACACACACACACACACACACUCUCUCUCUCUCUGGAUGUCUCUCAUACCUUUUUGUGUUGGAGGAUAUUGGGACUGAAAGUUAAUGUUUUAACAGCAUCUCCUACAGGACUUCAGGACUUCACACACACGUAAUGAACUCAUCUCAGCAUGAUUAAUAAAACAGGUCUAUGUAAAAGUACAACCUACAAAAAUAAAAGUUUUCUGUGCUCUUUUUUUUCUGGAA